CAUCCUGCCUCUCUCUUCUGCAUCUUGCACAAGCCCUGCAGUUUCAAGGUUUGCUGCUGUCUCAUCUAUGAGGGGGUCAGAGCUUCCCUCUAAGGGGAUGGAUCCCCAGACAGAGAGACCCAAGAAAAUGAACACAGAACAUCUAAUUGCUGACAGGCAGGAAGGAAUUGGUGUCUGUGGCUGGAUCCUGGUUUCACUUUCAUUCCUUCUGGUGCUUAUUACCUUUCCUAUUUCCAUCUGGGUGUGUAUCAAGGUUGUCAGAGAAUAUGAGCGUGCUGUUGUAUUUCGUCUGGGACGCAUCCUGUCUAAGAAAGCAAAGGGACCAGGAAUGAUCCUUGUACUUCCAUGUACAGAUACAUUUACCAAGGUUGAUCUGAGGAUGGUUGCCUGCAAGAUUCCUCCACAAGAGAUUCUCACGAGGGAUGCUGUUACUGCCCAGGUGGAUGGGGUGGUGCACUACAGGAUCCACAGCGCUGUCAGUGCAGUUGCCAAUGUCACUGAUGUCCACUCUGCCACCUUGCUCCUGGCACAGACAGCCCUGAGAAACGUUCUGGGUACACAGAGCUUAGUUCAGCUGCUGGCAGGUCGUGAGGAGAUUGCACACAGUAUCCAGGCCACCCUCGACAGUGCCACGGAGCAGUGGGGAGUCAAAGUGGCUCGUGUGGAGAUCAAAGACAUCCGGAUCCCCAUGGCCAUGCAGAGGGCAAUGGCAGCUGAGGCAGAGGCUGCUCGAGAGAAAAAAGCUAAGGUUGUGGCAGCUGAAGGAGAAAUGAAUGCUUCCAAAGCUCUCCAGAGGGCCUCCAUGGUGCUGUCUGAGUCUCCAGCAGCUCUGCCCCUGCGUUACCUGCAAACAUUAACAGCUGUGGCAGCACAGAAUAACUCCACCAUUGUCUUCCCUCUCCCUAUGUAUAUGUUUGGGAGUUUGGGGCAGAAACGUACAGGGGGAUAGAGAUUGCUCUAUGCUAGAUCCUAGGCCAAGAUAUUUAAAGGUUUUCCUAGGAAGCAAAGGGGACCCAAUUGGCAGAGUUAAAGUAGAAUCAUGUUUAUUACCUCUGCCCCCAAAAUAACUUUAAUAGUCACACACAGCUCCCACAUUGAGACUGCAUUUGCAAAGUUCAGACACUAAGCAGUUCCAGCCUAGACUCAUCUGCAAGUAAAAUGGAAGAAAAUAUGUAAAAUGUAUGUUAGAUCUGAUAUAAAAUUUUAAAGAUGUUUUCACCACAGUUUACAGAGUCUUGAGUGUUGCAAUUAUUUGGUGAUUUAUUUACCAGGCAAGAACCUCUGAGCUGUUGAUAUACUCUACACAGCAGAAGGGUCAGACAUUGGUUUUAACUCAAGCCUUGUGGAGUGGAAAGGAAGGAUUUGGCGCUUAACCUUAGAGGUAUUCUUUCAUAAAUAUUGGCAGAAUUACUGGAUAAUGGGUAUGUCAGUGCAACAACCUAUUCUUUAUCUUAUAUUAAUAGAAAUUAGUACUUGCUUUACUGACCUCAGCUGUAUUUUGCCAUAUCACUGACAUCUAUAUAAGCUGUGUAAUAAAGAGAAUGUAUGACCAGGCAUUACAAUCACAUUUCAUAAAUGUGAAAGCUGGGGCAAACCUCAAGGUCCUCUGUCAUUUUAAGUGCCUGUCUUAUACCUUCAGUAGGUUUCUUAUCUUCCUUUACAUAUGCCAUGAAGCAGUCCAGAUGUUUUCCUGAAAUGAGCCUUCCCUACCCUCCAUCCACGCAACGCUUGGCAUCUGAGAGGAAGAUGUUGCUGAUAUCCAGGUCCAGCUGAUGCUAAGUUUGAGUUUGCAGCCUUCAAAGAUGGCUGUUCAGUUCUGAGUUCAGGCACAAGGCAAUGAACUGUCUUCUGUGAAUCUGAAAUUUCUGGUGAUGGAGCUGUUUUGGUAGGUGCUGCUGCAGUGUAAUGUCUUGGCCACAUGAGCAUCACUGUUGCCCUUUCUAUCAGUAGCAUCAUUUGACUCCAAAAUAAUCACCUCAGCAUGAAUCUACUAAUUAUCAUAUCAUUGACACAGGCCCUUCUUAUUUUUACUGCAGUGUAGCACAAGCAGUCCAGGUGGCAAAUGUUUGUGCUCAGUAGCUGCUGGCACAGAUAGUGGUAUGAGCAUCUGAGGAUGGUGACCUACACAGUUCUUCUCUGCUUCAGACACGACUGCCAAAUGGCAUUUUGCUGGCAAGCUAAAGAAGCAAAAACUGUGCUUGAAAGUCAUCUGCUUAUUAGUGUUACCAAAACAUUUUCCACAGACUUUUUCUUAUCCCAAGAAAAGAGCAGUUUUGAGUUAAACUCAAGAUAAAUAAAAGCUUGAAAGACAUGUGGCUACCGAGCGCAAUUAAAAGCAAUUCUGUGCCCUCAGUGAGCUACCAGCCUGUGGAAAACUGCCUGUGGAAGAUUCCAGCACAGGGCAGGUGCAGUGUACCACUUCUAGUUCUAGCUUUAGAAGUGUAUGGAAUCCAGCCAUGGGGUCAGUAGGACUCAAUUACAGCCAGAAACCAGCUGCUGUGUUAAGCAUGAGUGUUGGUAUCUCUACUCUUUCAGCAGCAGUGUAACACAGGUAAGCCCAUGAAGACCCAGUUUUCUUUUUGACCCAUGAAAAAUGUCUUUGUCUUUUUUAAAAUAUUUUUUCUUUGCCCAGGACUGCAGGAAUUAUUCAGACAAUGUGCAAUGUGUUUUUCUUUUGACUCUCUGCAG